CCUUUCUACCUGGAAAUCUCGCCCAUGUCCCAAAAUUCUAACAACUCUCAGUUUAAUAUCAGUAUAAUAAACAUGAAAAAAUCGUCUUCCAACUCUGCAAUUAACAGUCUAAAAAACCCUUCCGAGGCUGCUAUAAAAAUUAUAAAUUCACUUACAUAUAAGGGGAAAGAGAAUAGAGAAAACAAAAAUGCCCAAAAAGACCCGCUCUUCCUUACUAAUACUAAUAAAGAAACAGCUGGCGCCAAAAGUAGCGUCUCAAAUGGGCCAGUGGUUUCCCCUCUUUCUGUCACACAUACAAAUAGGGGGAAAAAAUUGACAACAGCUCACAACACCAAUGCAGCUGAAACCACUAAUACCAACAUGGAUGACAAAAAGAGCGGCGCUCUUAGAAAUUUCCCUUUCCCCACACAUGAAGACAACAGCAUGGAGAGAAACCUCAGCUCAUCUACAAAAAUUGGCUCUAAAAGCAUUUCCCCUCACUCUCUCUCACCUACACACACAAGCAAGGUUAUUAACAUAAGCACAAACAGCCGCUCAAAAAGUCCCGCGCUUGCAAAUGCUGACACACUACAUAAACUAGCCAAUAUAUAUGACAAUAGCAGGGACCACAACCAAGGUGAAACACAACAUAAAUUUAUAACUCGCAAUACUUUUUUCCAAAACUUGUAUCCUAAACCUGACAUUUCCAAAUUAAGCUUAAAAAAUAAACCCACCAUUCUCGCGAAAACUACAAAAAAUAAAUGCAUCUCCCCCCAACUGAAAGGCGCUUCUUUGUGUUCCCCUGUUCAGGCUAAUUUAAAUUUCAAAGUCACCACUACACACUCUAUGGGUAACACAUCUGCAUCCAGAACCCUAAACCGGCCUGCAGCCAAGCGGGACCUUUUUAAUUCACCCCCAAUAGCACGGGCGCCCUGCCUAUGAGUUUUUCGGAAGUGGUGGCCGGAACCGGUCCAGGACUAGUGGCAUCCUCUGAUCCGGCUCCAAUUACGAAAACCCCGGGCAAGCGCACAAAUACCAACAUGGACAUGGAUAGCUUUAGCUAUAAAACGCCCAAUAAAAAAGCAUGUGUGCCCACCAAUUUUGCGACCCCAAACCCUUUCCCCCCCUAGCCACCCCCAUCUUUAAAAGUAAGGCGGCCAAAAGUAUUGUCGAGGAAAUAAAAGCCCCCCGCCACCCAGUCGAGAGUGAAAAGGCCUCUGCACGCAGCGUACCGGCGCAAACUGAAAUUGCCCCCCCUCCCCCUAAAAAUUCGGCUACCGAACUGCCCCCGUGGCAAAUAGUUCCACAGAGCCGCAGGGCCCCCCCUAUUCAUAUAGAAAAUGUUAGGGAAAUCGUGCCACUAUUGGAAAAGCUAAAUUACUCAGCAGGGGUAGACAGUUUUACAACAAAAACGUCUAUAGGAAACGGUGUAACUAUACAGGCUAAAGACUUGACUGCACAUAGAAUAAUUAAAGACAUACUAGCUAAAAGUGGUAUCCCAUACUAUUCAAACCAGAAUAAAUCUGAAAGGGGUUUCAGAGUUGUUAUUCGUCACCUGCACCCCUCUACCCCUUGCUCGUGGAUCACCAGCGAGCUGCAGAAGCUCGGCCACCAGACUAAGUUCACAAGGAACAUGACAAAUCCUGCAACUGGUGGUCCGAUGCGGAUGCACGAGGUAGAAAUUGUCUCGGCCAUGGACGGAAGCCACCUUAGGAUCCUCUCCAUUAAACAGCUAGGAGGACAAAAAGUGGAAAUCGAAAGGAAAAACAGGACGAGGGAACCGGUCCAGUGCUUCAGGUGCCAGGGAUUCAGGCAUGCUAGGAACACAUGUAUGAAGCCCCCAAGGUGCAUGAAGUGCGCUGGCCAGCAUUGGUCUAGUGAGUGCACUAAGCCAAGAUCAACCCCCGCCACCUGUUCAAACUGCCAAGGAAACCACAUCAGCGCAUAUAAGGGGUGCCCUGCCUAUAAGGCAGAGAAGCAAAAAUUAGCAGUCAACAGGAUAGAUUUUCACAAAAUUAGGACAAUAAUGGACGCAAAAAGCAACAAUAACGAACGUCAGCCCCGCCCCCCUUUCAACAAGACCCCCCGACUACCCUAUAGUACCGAAAUGGCCGAAGCCCGAAAGGAAGCCGCCAGGAAGUCUGCAAUGAACCCGUUCCGGCAAAAUGUGAAGGAUAGUAGGCCAAACCUACCGUACCUUUCUUCACAUGAAAUCGCCAUCCAAAAACGCCUAAAUAAAUGGCGCCGGAGUACAAACAAGGCCUCCACAAAUAGCAGGACCAAUCCUAAGAACGGGCUUCGAAAGGAACAAAAAAAGGUAGAAAAAGCUAUGGAGCACAAACAGGGAAAAGACGACAGCCCCCCGACAACGAGCAGAGCUGCUUUGGCAAAUCUAAAGCCAAAGAUAGUCAAGGAGACAACGCCCUCACCACAAAAUAUCAACACUUUUCCAGAAAAUAGCCAACCCGACGACCCAGUCAUUAAACUGGCAAAUAGAGUUGACAACCUGGAAAAGAAAAUUGAUAUAUUAAUGGCCUUAAUUAUACAAGCAAGAAAUCCGGACGAAUAAACCUCUUGACGACGUAUUCCUGCUGACCCCCACGAUGAAGACGUAAAGGAUGCCACCCACUAGGACCAGCAUAUACGAAACUGGAAGCUGAUGGACAGGAGAAGGAUCAACGCGCAGCAAAAACAUGAUGAAUUUAAGUCGACUCAUUGCAGCAGCGUAUGCACAACGUCACUUAUCUGAAUUUUUUGCUGCAA